AUGGCCCCAGUUGCUACAUCUGCUCUCGUCAGUCAAGGUCACAAGGUCCUCCUCGUCGGAACUGCCUCCGCCUCUCCUUCGGACCUGACCCAAGCCAGAGACUCUAUCAUCUCUACUGUCGGCACCCAGGGCUCCGUCAAUUUUGAACAGUUCGACCGCCUCGCCACCAUCCCCUUGCCCGCUUCCACAUACAACACCAUUGUCACAGGAGGAAUCGCCCCCUCGGCAUAUCAACACUCGUCCGCAGUUUUGGCGGCCCUCGCAAAGACUCUCUUGCCUGGCGGUGGAUUGUCGCUCACAGAACCCGUAUUCUCCGCGACAGCUAGAGCCUCGGGUAGUUUGCCCGCUUCGUUGACGCAGGUGUUGGAGAGGUCGGUAGCGGAUUUGGUUUCGACGUUGAAGAUCUCGGGAUUUGUUGAGGUCACGGUUGUGGGCCAGAGACAGGCUUCUGAAAAGGAGGUUGAGGGUUUGCUCAAGGUUUGGGGUGUUGAGGGUGUUUCUGUUGCUGCGCUUGAUGGACAGAUCGAGCUGGUCGAGAUCUCGGCAAAGAAGCCUGCAUACGAAUUAGGCGCUGCUGCUGCAUUGCCUUGGGCUCGCAAGAAGGCCGCCCCUGCUCCCGCUGCAAAGCCUGCCGUCCCUGCCCCUUCAGUCAAGAAAACUGCUGUCUGGACCAUCUCUGCCAACGACGACGAUGACGAGGAUGCAGAACUUGAGGACGAGGACGAUCUCUUGGAUGCCAUAGAUCUUGUCAAGCCCACCAAGGAACAGCUCGCAGCACCCGAGUGUGGACCCAACAGUCUCAAGAAGAAGAAGUGCAAGAACUGCAGCUGUGGCAUGGAAGAAGAGGAAGAAGAGGAGGUGGAAGUUACAUCAGCCGCCAUGGAUGUGGAUACAUCAUCAGCAGGACCUGUCCCUCAGGAGGCGAUUGUUUCAUCGAACGCCAACCGGUGGAAGGAGUCUGCGAUCACAGAGGUUGUCCCAAAGGCACUGCAGCCCAAGUCGUCGUGUGGAAACUGUUAUCUUGGAGAUGCAUUCCGAUGCGGCUCUUGCCCCUACACUGGAAUGCCUGCUUUCCAGCCCGGUGAGAAGGUUCAGCUCGGCGGCAGCAUGCUCAAGGACGACAUUGACUUUUAA